UAAACAGUAAAAGUGAUUAAUUAACGCAUAUGCGCUGGUCAGUGUUGUAUUUGUCUGUGAUCGAUAUCGGCUGUGCAGUAAAGGAAAACAAUGGAAAAAUUCGGAAAAAUGCUGCGCCGUUCGGACAAAUUAAAUAUUAUAGAUCACAACACGUUCCACAAAAUCCAAAAGGAUGAAGGAGAAACAGCCCCAAGACUACCGCGCAGCUCCAAGUACAAAAAUAAGCACAAGAAGCCCCAGCUGCAAUGCACGCUCCUCGAUUUUGUUGUCAAGUCGCGACAGACGCAAAAGCAGAACAAGGCUAAAAAGCUAAGGCGUCCACAUCUGACCAUCACAAAACCCCUAUAUGAAGCAAAGCGCAAAGGGAAAACUCGCCUUAAUCCCAAGAAAAAGGUCACUGGAUUGAAAAUGAUGAUAUGCAGCUAUCGCAGGCUGAAGAAGCAAAAUAUGUUAACCGUUCCAAUCCCUAAAUACGAGGAGGAACUCAGAAAGAAGCUGGAUUGCCUGUUGCUGGAUACGGAGGUUUCUAAAGAAAGGGAGCAGAAACUGGAAAAACUCCGUGCCAAAGAGGAACAUCUACAAGACAAAGUCCAUCCAAUACAUUCGCGACGCUUCAGAAGCUAUUGCGACAACUCCACCAGGCCACAGCUCAAGCAGUUAACCACCCAGCUCUUGAAGGAUCUGAGUCGCUUCCAGAAACGCGCCUAUACCAAAAACGAGAUCAAGGCACGGGCACAUCCUCGCUUCGUUUUGGGCAUCCGGGAGGCUUUAGCGCGGCUACGUAUACAAAAAGUAAAAUUUCUAAUCAUGGCCACCGAUUGUGAGAUUUGCCCAGGAGAACGUGGCCUGGACGAAACGAUUGAUGGAUUGAAGGACUUGUGCCAGCAGCAAAAAGUGCCCUACUGCUUCUCGCUUUUACGACGCGAGCUGUCCUAUGCCCUUCAGAAGCGUGCACAGAUCUCUUGUGUGGCCAUUUUGGAUUACGAUGGGGCCAAUGCCAUAUUUAAUGAUCUUCUCAGUGAGUUGAAAGAGGCCAAAGCAGAGUACAAACGGAUGAUUGCAGUGUGAUGGUUUAUUAUGUGCUGAAAUUGAACAUAAGUGCAGGAAAAGGUGCAAACAAGACAAAAUAUACAUCAGCAUCAUCUUCAAACUGUUGGCGUUAGCAUGGUGGUGGUAACCAGAUCGUACAAAGUGGAGCUACCAUUGUCCAUAUCAGUGGCAGCGCCAACCAAGCUGGCGGUAUCAUUCAGCGAAUUGAAUGUCUGAAUGGCCUCCUUGGCCUGCUGGGCGGCCAAAUUGAACUGAAUCAAUAUGAUGAGGUAGCUGGUGAUGCCACCACUGACGCCGUAUAACGUUUCCAUGUCCAAAGUGAAGAAUCCGCAGGCGGAGAAGUCCACCGAGUGAUUGAGCAGCUUCAACGACAAAUGAUUGACGAUCUCGAAGAGCAAGUUAUCAUCCGCGACCACACCGCACUUGUGCAGGCUGAUGCCAGUGCGCUUCGAGGCCAGAGAGGUCUUCCAACUCAGGUAGAUGAGAUACACACACUUUCCGGACGUAUAACUCAAUGCAAUGACAGUGAUGAAAGGAUUCUUGGCCGAGCGGAACAGUGACGGUAUCGACUGGAACUGUGUUGCGCAGUAGAGGAAAUACAGCUGUGCCGUGAAUAUUAAGAAUCCAUACGCCAUCAAAGAGAGAAUCGGGUAGCUCCACAGCUCGUUCAUGGCCUUGCCAAUCUCACAGAUCUCGUCGUGCACCUGGCAUAGAUUGUUUAGCUUCUCCUCCACUUUGGACGCGUUGCUUAGCUCGCUCUCGUGUGCCAUAUUUACGGAUAUCGGAUGAUGAGUGGCCUUGUCAGAGGCCUCAAUGGAUUCGCCAAAAGAGUUCAUCGAGUGGGAAACUGAAACCAGACAUACAAUGAACUUAAGAUAAAAAUAUCCAAAAUGUUCACCCACCAGGCGCCACCUUGUUCUUUCCAGAUCCCUUUAGCGAGCCCAUGUCCAAGCCGCCCAACUCCCUGUACAGGUACUCCAAAUUGCUGUCAUACUCCGGUGGCUGGGAGCUGUCCAGCGUUCGACUGCUAGUGUCAUGAUCGCCGCGCAGCCACAGCUUGAACUUCUCGUGGGUGGCCACCAGCUCUUCCAGCGUCUGGUUGAUGGCCUCGAAGCGUUCCUUCAGCGCAUACAGCGAGACGGCAAACCAAAUCUUGUCCAGCGUAUUGAUGAAAGUGGGAAUGGCCGAGACAAUCCACAGAACGGACAUCCAUUGGGUGUAAUCGACGAGCUUGAUGUACGUGGCUAACAGGAUGGAGAGCUCAAAGAGGAACGUCAUGAUUAGCAUAAACCGAAUGCGUCCCCCAAUGUGGCUGUUGUCUACCACACACUUUUCCUUGUACAAACGCUCGUCCACCUGACGAAUGCGCUCGUAGAGCUCUCCAAUGCGGCCCUGGUUACGCAAGGCUGUUAACUGGUCCGUGCCCAUCAUAAUGAGGCCAAUGUAGGUGAGAAACAGCCCAAUCACAAAGGUCAAGGUGCCUGGGGGAUGGAAUGAAGCAAGGUUAAAUAACGGCGCCGCUGUCCUACAAUCGUAAUGGUCUACUGACUCUGCGAGGCCUUGAGGGUGCGAUCCUCCUCCCCGAAGGAGUAAAUCAGUAUAUUGUAAAGCAGUACAUAGACGAUCAGCAUAGCCAGCAUGUAGACCAUGCCAUUGCGCGACUUUUCCAGCACAUUUUUGGUGCGAAACUUCUCCAGAUCCUGCGGCAGUAUCCCAGCAAUCUUGGAUAUAUAGAAGAGUAGCUGGAAUUCCUUUAGCAAUGGCUGGACCAUUGGCAGCGCACUUUCCGACUGGACCGGCGGCAUGUUGAAUGUCGACUGACCAACGUCUGACCCUCUGGAUAUUAUGGACGGUCUGCAGGCCAUGCACUUAGCCUAAUUAAAUUGCUGCCGCACAUUACAAGGGCAGCCCCACUCCAAUCGUUAUUAUCAUUAUUAGUAAUCUAUUAUGGGGUGUUUAGAUAAAGAUAACUCCAUUUAAGGGUACAAUACUGUGAUGAAUUUUUCUUUAACUUCGGGUUUAUUUAAAUAUAGAAUUUUUCGCCUGGGCUUUUGCACAAUGAACAUUUGAGUGUAUUGUAAUUUAAGAGCCGAAAUAUGCACGGC